AUGAGCGGUUACCUGCGCUCCGGCUCCAGCAACUGGCGGCGGGCGGCCACCCUGGUGCUGGCGGCGGGCUGGGCGCAGCCAGGCCCCGGGGCGCCGCCGCUGCCGCCGCUGCCGGCCGAGGGCUUCCGGCUGCUGCUGCUGCAGCGCUCCCCGCGGCAAAGCUUCAUGCCCGGGGCGCACGUCUUCCCGGGCGGCGUGGUGGACGCGGCGGACCGCUCGGACGAGUGGCUGCGCCUCUUCGCGCCGCACCACGGGCCGCCGCGCUUCGGCCUGGGCCCCGCGCCGCCCUCGCCCGCCGCCUUCCCGGUGCUGCCGGCCGCCGCGGAGGACGGCGCGGGGCUGCCGGACGACGUGGCCUUCCGCAUCUGCGCCAUCCGCGAGACCUUCGAGGAGGCGGGCGUGCUGCUGCUGCGGCCCCGCGCCGCCCCGCCGCCCGCCGCGCCCGCGCCCGGCCGCGCCCUCCCGCCGCCCGCCGGCCUGGCCGCCUGGCGCGCCCGCGUCCGCCGCGACCCGCGCCACUUCCUGCGCCUGUGCGCGCAGCUGGACUGCACCCCCGACAUCUGGGCGCUGCACGCCUGGGGCGCCUGGCUCACGCCCUUCAUCCGGCCCGGCGGCCGCCGCUUCGACACGGCCUUCUUCCUGUGCUGCCUGCGCGACCCGCCGCCCGUCUUCCUGGACCUGGAUGAGGUGGUGGGCAGCCAGUGGUCAUCUCCGUCAGAGGCAACUGAAAGUUUCAUAUCAAAAGAAAUUUGGUUGGCACCCCCGCAGUUCUAUGAAAUAAGAAGACUGGAAAACUUUGCCUCUCUCUCGGAACUGCACAAGUUUUGUUUGGAUCAUGUAUUAAAAGGGGUAGAAAGAUGGAUGCCGAUCGUGUUAUUAACUGCUGAUGGGCAAAUCUCACUUUUACCAGGAGAUGAGCUGUACUUAGAAGAUUCAAACUUCUUAGAAAAUAAUUUGUCCACUGAAAAAAAGACUGAAGAAAUCAUGAAGGAAGGCAAGAAAUUUCACCGCAUAGUGAUGUACAGUCGCCAUGUUUAUAGUAUUCAUGUGACUGUUCAGUCAAAGUAUAAACAUGUUUAUCCCAAGACUUAUGUAAUAAGUAAGAGCCAUUUGUAG